AUGAACCUCCCACUUCCGAAAUCUCCCUCAUCACAUUCCAUACCCCCGCCCUCAUCCCCUUCGUUCCACGUUUCAGUCGCCGAUGCGCAAACUAUCCCCGGGUAUCCCUUCCCGUCUCCAUGGCCCCUAUCACUAUCCUCCACGUUCAUUAUGGUCACCGUACAUCGGUACUCGACGUCGGCACUCAAUUUUACGGCCCCCCUCCUUCACGGAAUUCGACCUGGGGUCAUCGAUCUCAACAAUCUACCUGCGACCACUCCAGUCGUACAACCUGCCACCCUCGCAGUCUUCUGCAAUGCUUAUCUCCGUGUGGUCCACAAGUCGGGUACACACGGAUGGCGGUUGCUACGCAACAUCAAGGUCUUCCCAGCUCAUGCUAAUAAUUUCCCCACGUGGACGAUGCACCGAAUGUACCCUGCCCGGACGGUCGAUCAGCAGACCGUUGACGAUUGA